AUGAUCGACGCUCCGGCGAACCCACCACUCGUGUCCGAAGAGGCCUACGGCCAGGCUCUUCGGGUUGCCCUCCGCUACGUCAGCUUCAAGCCCAGAACGGUGGCGGAGGUGCGCCGGCGCGUCGGCCGUGACUUCGACCAACCCGCCGUGGAGCAGGUGCUCGCCUCCCUCAAGCGCUACUGCUACCUGGACGACGUCGAGUUCGCCAGCCAAUGGCGCAACAGCCGCGACCGCCGCAAACCACGCGGGUCCUCGCUCAUCCGUCGCGAGCUUCGCGCCAAGGGCGUCGCGGAACCCAUCAUCGACGAUGCGUUGGUUGGCCUCGACGAGACUGACGCCGCCUACCGUGCCGGAGAACGGCGCGCUCAGCGAUGGCUUUCCGGCGGCUCGAUGCCCUACGCGAACUUUCACCGCAAGAUGUGGGACUACCUGCAGCGUCGCGGCUUCCCCUCUGGCGUGACCCGGGACACCGUCCGCCGCCUCUGGGCGGAAAAUACCGCAACGGACUGA